AUGCCAUCCAAAGAGUCUUGGUCGGGGAGGAAAACUAAUAGAGCUACAGUUCACAAAUCAAAACAAGAGGGCCGUCAGCAAGAUUUAUUGAUAGCAGCCUUGGGAAUGAAACUGGGUUCUCAAAAGUCGUCUGUGACAAUCUGGCAACCUCUGAAACUCUUUGCUUAUUCGCAGUUGACAUCACUUGUUAGAAGAGCAACUCUGAAAGAAAAUGAACAAAUUCCAAAAUAUGAAAAGGUUCACAAUUUCAAGGUGCAUACUUUCCGAGGGCCACACUGGUGUGAAUACUGUGCCAACUUCAUGUGGGGUCUUAUUGCUCAGGGAGUGAAGUGUGCAGAUUGUGGAUUGAAUGUUCACAAGCAGUGUUCCAAGAUGGUCCCCAAUGACUGUAAGCCAGACCUGAAGCACGUGAAGAAGGUGUACAGCUGCGACCUGACAACACUCGUGAAAGCCCACAUCACCAAGCGGCCAAUGGUGGUAGACAUGUGCAUCAGGGAGAUCGAGUCCAGAGGUCUUAAUUCUGAAGGACUCUACCGAGUAUCAGGAUUUAGUGACCUAAUUGAAGAUGUCAAGAUGGCUUUUGAUAGAGACGGUGAAAAGGCGGAUAUUUCUGUGAACAUGUAUGAGGACAUCAACAUUAUCACGGGUGCACUUAAACUGUACUUCAGGGAUCUGCCAAUUCCUCUCAUCACGUACGAUGCCUACCCCAAGUUCAUAGAGUCUGCCAAAAUUAUGGACCCUGAUGAGCAAUUGGAGACCCUUCACGAAGCACUGAGAUCGCUGCCGCCCGCCCACUGCGAGACGCUCCGGUACCUCAUGGCACAUCUCAAGAGAGUGACCCUUCAUGAGAAGGAGAAUCUGAUGAGUGCAGAGAACCUUGGGAUCGUGUUUGGUCCAACCCUCAUGAGAUCACCGGAGCUAGACCCCAUGGCCGCCCUGAAUGACAUACGCUAUCAGAGACUGGUGGUGGAGCUGCUUAUCAAAAAUGAAGACAUUUUAUUUUAGAGUUUUGAUUUGAGGAGAAAAGAAAUGGUUUACAGAUGAAGGAAUGUUUUCUAGUAAUUUAAUUAGCUUCAUUAGCUGAAUUGUUUCUCGGUUAGAGGUUUGGCCAAAUACCCAGAUUAAAAUGAAGGAACUUCCUGUCAUUUCUAUAGCACUGCUCAGCCAUCCUUGUAAAACAGUGAACACAUGCUUUCUGGUCCUGGUAAUCCUGGGUGUUUAUCAUGUUAAGAGAAAUUCAAGCUACUGCAUGAUUACCCCUUUCCGGUGAGGAAACCCCAUAUUGCGGAAUCACAGACUUGUGCCUGCGCCACCUCUCUGUCCUGGGCUGUCUGUGGUUGUCACCCAGCAUGCUUCCCAGAGUAAACUGUCAUGACUUUGCUUUUGGGGUCCAUGCCAUUGGUUUCUGAUGCUUGCACACACACGCAUACACACAUAUAAGCAGCGCCCUAGCUGUUGCAUCCCCAUCCCUGUACCAUAUGCCAACUCCACAACGGUUCCUUCCAGCUUCCUCCUCCUCCUCUGACAUAGCGCUUUGUCCUCAGCAGAAGCAAGAUGUGUUUUCAGAUGUUACUUCAGUAAGCUAUCAAUAAAAAUGCACCACACAGCA